AUGGUAGAGUUUGCCAUUAACAACUCGGUGCAUGCGUCCACGACACAUACACCGUUUUACGUGAAUGGCUUGCGCUAUCCGCGUGUACCCACCUUACUAGAGUGUAACUCUGGUUUAAGGGGGGAGGGACUCGCGCGAGCAAAACCGAUUUGGUUCAAGCUUUCAUCACGCUCUGACGAAGAGGUCAUUGCAUUUGAUGCCAAUAUCGAUAACAUCGAUAUAGAAGAAGAUGAUGCCAGUGAGAGUGCGGAAGCCCUCACUGAAGAAAAGGCUGAUGUUGCUGUAGUGCACUCACAGCGCACUGAAGCUAACGAGUCAUCAGAUGAGUUCAUACCGGCUCGUGAAACGGUAGUCCGUUUUGAAUAA